AAAAUACGGCGCUGCAGCCACCAGUUGUUACUUUGUUUUCUGACGUCUCCGCGUGUGAACUGAUAAACAGUGUUACAAUUUGUGAAAUUCACGAAACUAAUUAAUUUAUUCGUAUAUUGUUAGUAAAUAUUACAACAAUGUCACAUAUGUCGCAUAUGCUACCGCAGGCAUCGACGCCAUCGGGCGUUUCGUCGGGCAGUUCAUCGCGCACCAUGUCAUUAAUGGAGAAACAAAAGUACAUCGAGGAUUAUGAUUUUCCUUACUGUGAUGAGAGUAGCAAAUACGAGAAAGUCGCUAAAAUAGGUCAAGGCACAUUCGGCGAGGUGUUCAAGGCACGCGAAAAGAAGAGCAACAAAAAGUUUGUGGCCAUGAAAAAGGUGCUCAUGGACAAUGAAAAAGAAGGCUUUCCCAUUACAGCGCUGCGCGAAAUACGCAUCUUGCAGUUGCUAAAGCACGAGAACGUCGUUAAUCUCAUUGAGAUUUGUCGCACCAAGGCAACUGUACACAAUGGCUACAGGUCAACCUUCUACCUGGUCUUCGAUUUCUGCGAGCACGAUUUGGCAGGUCUGCUGUCAAAUAUGAACGUCAAGUUUAGUCUGGGUGAGAUUAAAAAGGUCAUGCAGCAACUGCUCAACGGUCUUUAUUACAUACACAGCAAUAAGAUUCUUCACCGCGAUAUGAAGGCCGCGAAUGUGCUGAUCACAAAGCAUGGCAUCUUAAAACUUGCAGAUUUUGGUUUGGCUCGUGCAUUUAGUAUUCCCAAAAAUGAUUGCAAAAAUCGUUAUACAAAUCGAGUGGUCACUUUGUGGUAUCGUCCACCAGAGUUACUGCUUGGUGAUCGUAACUAUGGCCCUCCAGUGGAUAUGUGGGGAGCUGGAUGUAUUAUGGCUGAGAUGUGGACUCGUUCACCCAUCAUGCAGGGCAAUACGGAGCAACAGCAGUUGACAUUCAUCUCUCAACUGUGUGGCUCAUUUACGCCUGAUGUUUGGCCCGGGGUCGAGGAAUUGGAACUGUACAAAUCUAUUGAAUUGCCAAAGAAUCAAAAGCGACGUGUCAAGGAGCGACUGCGUCCAUAUGUUAAGGAUCCUACUGGUUGCGAUUUGCUAGACAAAUUGCUAACACUGGAUCCAAAGAAACGAAUUGAUGCUGAUACUGCCCUAAAUCAUGAUUUCUUUUGGACUGAUCCCAUGCCCAGCGAUCUGAGCAAGAUGUUGUCACAGCAUCUGCAGAGUAUGUUCGAGUACUUGGCUCAGCCGCGUCGCAGCAAUCAGAUGCGUAAUUAUCAUCAGCAGUUGACAACCAUGAAUCAAAAGCCACAAGAUAAUAGCAUGAUUGAUAGAGUCUGGUAGAUAUAAGCCUACGUGUAUUCUUAUGUUUAAGUUAGGUAAGGGCAUAUACUAUUGGGACUGACUGUAUAUGCAGUAGUUUAGUUUAUAAAUCGUUUUGUAUUUGUAUUCUAAGUUGUUGGACCAUGCCAUGCAUGGAACAUCAAACAUUUCCAUCAUAAACAAUAAAAAUCUCGUUUA